AUGGCCUUUCCCCUCCCGCGGGGCAUCACGCCCCCGGAGAUCUCCUUCCUCGCGGAGAUGGAGAUGGUCACCAUCUUGCCUCGUCAGCGACUCGAGGGGCUUGAAUUGCUAGGAGGCCCCGUCUCCCCCCUCCUUCCACCCCGACGCACCUCCCUCCCCCUCUGGCUCGCCCUCCUCCUUAAACGCCAACGCCGCGCCAACAUCCUCCCCCCGCCCUGGCUCCACCCCGAAUCCCUCGAACUCAUCCUCGAAAUCGAGACCCAAAACGACGAAUACCAGCACGCCUUCUCCCCGCCGCCUCCACUGCCCGGCCAGCCCGCCCCAGGCGAUCACCGUCGCGCUCCGCUCGCGACACCGCGCUACACCCCCUCGGGCGAGAAAUACUACCCUGCACCGCCGUUUCUGCCUCAGAACACAGCUCGCGAUCACAUCCCGCCGGGGGAGCCGCCGGCACUACCGUUCCAUUGGUUGGAGGUAGGGACGAUGUUGCUGGAGGCGGCGAGCGAUGAUCUAGUGGAUCCGGAUCAGACGAGACGACUGUUGAAGGAGCUGAGAGAGGUACGGAUGGCGAAGGUUAGGGCUGGUGUGGAUGUUCUGGAUGCGGCGGCUAUGGGUGGUGGGGGUGUUGCGUUGACGGGUGUGGGAGCUAUGGAGUUGGGAGAGGGGAGGAGGUUCAUUGCGGGGGUGGUGGAUGAACUGAGGCGCAUCGGGGCCUCAAAGGAACAGGCCAGGAGAGAAGAGAUGGCGGAGGAAAUGGCGAAUGGAGGGUAUGAUGGGACGCAAGACGAUGAUGAUGAAAUGGAGUUUUAG